ACCAAGUAUAAACUCAAAAAAAUAUGUAUUUGGCGUAUGUAUUUUAAGAGGGACAAUAAGAAAACUUAUCUAUGUAACCCCCAAAAUAAAAACACAUGCAUAUUCUUUUCAAAAAUAAAUAAAGAAUUCUCCCCAACUACUCAAAAUAAAAACCCAAAAAAAUCAAGAAACAGGGGGAAGGGACAAAGAAGCAGAGGCAGUCGCCAUGGCCGUCAUCCCGCCGGCGACAGAGUUCGGAGAUCUAUGCGACGAAAUCGCCGAAACCAUCUUCUCUUUCGUCCCCCUGAAAUCCCUAGCGAAGCUGGAGACCGUUUCCAAAUCAUGGCGGCAGUUGAUUGCCAGAGUCCGGCUGCACCACCCGCCCGCCACCGACUCCGGUCCUUCGGAGGCGCCGGAAUCUCUCAAAAAUCAGUCUUCUUGAAGCUACACUACCCCCACAACGUCGAGCUCUGCACCGUCGACUCCUCCGCCCCGAACAAAUUCCCCUUCUUGAUCGAUUCAUGCAACGGGUUAAUCCUCUACGGCGCCGUGGACGACAAAAAGACUUGGAAUUACAUCGUACAUUCCCAGGUUUCCGACCAAUCCAUAGCCCUCCCUCCCUCGAACUCCAUGUACAGACCCGCAUUCGUCGCACUGGCCUUUGACCCGAGGAAGAACGCCCAAUUCAAAGUCGUGGGCUUUUUCUGGAACGAGGUGAAUCCCCUCUCCAUUUCUGUGAACUCUAUGGUUUUCAGGUCUGAAUCUUGGGAGUGGAUGCAGAAACAGGGGAAGCUCUUGAAUUCGGGUCUGAUUUCCGAAGAGGGCUUCGUGUUUGGACAGUGCUUCGGCCCUGCAAUCUAUAUGAACUCAAGAUUACAUCUGAUAUGGUGCUUCUGUCUCUUAAUCUUUGAUGAAGACGGCGAUGAAUUCACAGUUUUGCCACUCCCAAGAAACCCCAAUGGAUCAUCAUAUUCAUACAACAAUCCCUGCCACCGCUCGCUAUGGGAAUCGGAGGGCAAACUGAAUCUUUGUGACCCGGAUGAACACGGGUUCCGAAUCUGGGAGUUCAGCAACCACACCUAUGAAUCGUUAUGGAAAUUGCGUCGGUUUGUGGUUCUGGACGAUUUAAUUUCAGAAACGAGGAGGGAGACGGGGGUGAGAGUGACUGUGGGGAAUUCCAUAAGGUCCUCUGGGUUCAAUGAGGAUUUGCAGAUUCUGUAUAUUCAUGUGGUUGUGUGCAAGAAAAUCGUAGGGUUAAAUGAUUUGGGUGUAAUUGGCUACCACUCACUGUAUCUCCCCUUAAUAUAUGCCGUGUUUUUAGCCGACUUCUUUCAGGAAGAAGAUUGGCUUUUGGAGGAGGCAUACUAUUUGGAGAUGAAAGACGCGGGGUUCUUUGAUGCAGAUUUGGAAUAUCAUUUUUCGCGUAGUGAUCGCCUCAUUGUCUAUGUACUUUGUGAAUAUUUCCACUCAUGUGAACUGUCCACAACCCCGUCUUGGAAACGCAGUGGGGGCAGAUAUCUUCCUCUUCGAUCAAGAGCCAAUACAGUGGGUCUAGGUUCUGUUUGGGAAGGCUGCAUUGGCAUAUCUGCAGUGAAGUCAAUGGAUGAGCAAAAGAGAGAAAUGAAGUUGAUGGACCGUGAAGCUACAGUUUCCUCCUAAGUAGGUGGUUCAUAAAGACUCAAAUAUGGUUGGUAGAGAAGGCAUCCCUCUUCAGGAAGGAUAAGAAAAGGAGCAGGCUCUUUGAAUGGUUCUGAAUCAAUCCUUAGAUCCUAUCAAAAAAGUUUGCACCCAAGGUGUUCAACAAAAUCCCUUAAAGAGAAUUUAUAAUUUCUAAUUCUAGAGCAUGAACAAGUAUUUAAUUUCUAAUUCUGGCAGGUGAUUCAUCAAAUACCAGGCCGCUUCCCAGCACCAUGACUCUGAUUCUAACAUCUUUUCAUCACGAGGGACAAUAUUAAGAAAUAUUCAGGACAGUGCGUGUGGAUAUAAAGGGAAAAGACGUGGAGGGACAGUGUUUGCAAGUGAAGACUAAAUUUGUUGUUCUGUCCUGCAUAUGUUGAAAUAAGAUGAAACCUCAACC